AUGAAGAUGGAGAGUGAGCGACGCUCGUGGCCCGUGCUGCGAGCGCUGGUGGUGAAGAACUGGACGGUCAAGAGGCGCCAUCCGUUCGCGACGUGGAGUGAAGUGCUCAACCCGCUGCUCUGCAUCCUGCUGUUCGUGGCUCUGAAGAAGUUCGAGACCGACUUGGAUGUCCCGGCGGGAUGGGCUACCAGCGAUGUCAACGCGUCAGCUCCGGGGUACGGCUCGACGUGGAAUCUGUACGCGGCGACGGACUUCAACUCGGCAUUGAAUGAAGGUUUGAGUAGUAUCCCCAGGUUCUACUUCUCGGAAACGACUAUGGCGGGAUUGCUGCUGAGUUUAUCCCUUCAGGCAUUGAUGGAAGGGCACAAACUCGAUGAACUGGGCGAAGAUGCACUUAUGGAUUGUGCUCUAAAGUUUCUGCUAUUUGGUUAUACUGGAGCUGAGCGGACCGCUUAUCACGUUCCCAACGCUUGUCAGGGCAGAGUCGUGCCGUACAAGAUUGCAAUCACGCCUGACACGCCGUAUACACGAGAGUACUUCGCCGCGGCGCUGGAAACUUGGUAUCCGCGUGUUGCACUUGCUCCGGUCGUUAAAGGGAUAUCACUCUUGACUAUCCCGAGCUUCAAAGACUCCCACGUGUUUUUCGAUAAUGAGACGGCGUUGGAGGAGUACGUUUCCAGUCGGGAAUACGGUCUCGAUCUGCAGCACCCGAAGAUCUAUGCUGCCAUUACCUUUGAAGAGUUUCCUGAGAAUACUGCAGCAUUUGGAGCGUUGGAGGCUCACUCAAUUGCGUAUUCCUUACGGUUUAAUUCGACUGGGAGUCUUGCGGCUGUGCCGAAGACCAAGAAGCCAAGACCCAACACCAUUACGAAAUUUGCACCAGCGGAUGACAACAUGGCUUAUGCGACUCGAGGCUUCAUGACCUUGCAGACUGUAGUGGCACGCUUUCUCAACUGCAUGCCAACCUGGGACGCUCAGUCUGAAACAACGAAUGGAACUUGCCAAGUCCCUCAGGCUGUUAUGCCAGCGGAUGCAGAUAAUGAUCGUCGAUUGCUGAAACAAGUGGAGAACGACAUCAUUAUUGGUACUGCCUUUGCUUUGCUCAACUCGUUGAAGGACCUGAUUACCAGUCUGGUCUCCGUGAGCCUGCCGAAUGCGUCCGUGGAUACAAUUCCACCACUAGGCAGAGAAGCGCUGCUAGUGCCACUGCGUAUGGCACCUCAACCUUUCCACGGUGCGGCCGUAUACGGAAGUCCGACACAAGCGUUUCGCUAUGCUCCGUUCUUCGAGAAGGUCGCCUUGGUGUUCCCUAUAGGCUUCGUGCUGUCCUACUUGUACCUGGUAUCGCGUGUCAUCGUGUCUUUCCUAAUGGAGAAAGAAACAAGAUCCCGAGAGCUCAUGCGAAUCCUUGGUGCACGGGAUAGCGAGCUCUUUGGCGGCUGGGUACUUGCUUACUUACCCAUUUUACUAUUGGGCGCGGUUCUGCAGACUUUCGGUGCUCAUGGACUGUUGUUUCCCAACUCGGAUACGAAAUUGCUGUUCGUGUUUUUCUUCACUUUCGCUACGAGUAGCUUCAGCUACGGCUUUAUGAUCAGCAGUUUGUUCUCAAGAGCCCGCGCAGGGUCACUAGCAGGCAUGGGGCUCUUCUUCAUGAUGUUUUUUAUUUCCUACAGUUUCAAUGACGACACCAGCGAGGUCGGUCGAACGUGCGCGGCACUCCUCCCACCAAUUUCGUUGUCCCAAGGCAUCGGAGUGAUCGCAAAGCUGGAGUCCUACGGAAUUGGCGUGACGGGAGAUAAUGCUGACGACGAAGUAAGCAACUUCCGGUUUGGAAAUGCCGUUUGGAUGCAGAUUCUCGAUACCGUGCUAUACGUUCUACUCGGCAAGUAUUUCGAGAAGGUUGUCCCGCAAGAAUUUGGUGUAGCGGAGAAGUGGUAUUUCUUUCUGACAAAAGCGUAUUGGUGUCCUCAAGCCUCUCAACUUGUCUCCGCAGAGGCACAAACGAACGAGGAGCUUGACGUGGAGAACGAUACGGUAGAGCCUAUUCGACAAGACUUGAAGCAACAAGAGAAUAGUGGUCGUGCCGUGGUCAUUGCAGGCUUGCGGAAGGAAUUCUCAGUGCCCGGCGGGAAAAAAAUUGCGGUUCAUGGACUCGAUUUGAAGCUUUAUGAGGGUCAAAUCACGUGCUUGUUAGGACACAAUGGAGCAGGGAAAACCACCGUAAUGUCCAUGCUUACAGGGAUGACUCGACCAAGUAGCGGGAAUGCUUGGGUCAGAGGCUAUUCUGUCGUGAAAGAUAUGAGGAAAAUCCGCCAGUCGCUUGGUUAUUGCCCUCAGCACAGUGUUCUCUAUCCGGAUUUGACGGUGAAAGAGCAUCUAAUAUUUUACGGCCGUCUGAAAGGAUUCACACAUGCAAGUGAGCUUACAGCUGAAGUUAUCAAGAAAAUCAACGAGGUCGGUUUGGUCGACAAGAUCAAUGUGCAAUCCCACGCUCUUUCAGGUGGAAUGCAACGUAAAUUAUCAUUGGCAAUUGCAUUCCUGGGCAACAGCACGGUGGUCUUUCUGGAUGAACCAACAGCGGGUAUGGAUCCGUAUAGCCGACGCAGUACGUGGGAGCUCAUCCAGCGCAACCGCGCAAGCCGCGUAGUCAUUUUAACGACUCAUUUCAUGGACGAAGCAGACAUUUUGGGCGACCGGAUCGCUAUCAUGGCGGAGGGGAGGCUGCAAUGCGUUGGGUCAUCGCUGUUCUUGAAAAAUCGCUUUGGUGUGGGCUAUCGUCUCAGUUUCGUCCGACAGAGUGAUGCUAAAGAUUCUCGGUCUGCAACUUUGCUGGUUCAUCAGCACGCGCCUCAAGCAAAUGUCGCGUCGGAUGUCGGAACGGAGCUCACUUUUCAGCUACCGUUUGAGGCCUCACCUGGAUUCCCGGCAUUAUUUCGCGAGCUGGAGUCUCGUCAAGCCGAGCUGGGCAUUCUCUCCUUCGCCAUCUCUGUCACGACACUCGAGGAGAUUUUUCUCAAGGUUGCCGAACGCGGUAGUACUGAAAUACCAGGAUUCCACGACGAGAAGGUCACGACGACGGAGCCAGACAGGUCUGAAUCUGCCCCCACGCAGGCGUCAUCCUUGCGUGCCAUUAACACUUUUACCAACCAGAUGAAUGCACUGCUUCGCAAGCGACUGCAGUACGGAAAACGCGACUUCAACAUGUUGUUUUUCAGCACCGUCCUUCCCGUUGCCGCCAUCUUUGUCGGACUCUCGGCUCUAAAAUUUAGCUCGGUUCUUGUGAACGACCCGAAACUAGAACUGUCUUCGACUGUGCAGUACCCGCUUGGACAGCAAACCCCAGUCCCAUUCAGCUGCCCUGGCAAUUUCGAUGUCGGUAGUGGUGCAGGCACCGGCUGGUGCUCCGAGUUGGUUGAUCCAUCUUACUUUCCGGACGGUACUGCGUACGAACUCGCAAUUGAUACAACAGUGUAUGAUGGAGUCGCGACACCUACAGUUUUUGGAGUUUCUUACGAUUCACCCUCAAUCGAGCCGAACGACACGAGUGGUUAUAACCUUCGGUUUGCAGAGUUGGUCUUUGAAAGAGGAUACGGCUAUACGUCUGGUGCGGACUAUUCAGCUCCACCUACUCAAUCUCCGGUGAAGGGGCAAUUCGGAGGGUUUCUUUUGUAUGCGUCAGAAACUACCAACACGUUGAGCUACAAUGUUAUGGCUAACGGAUCAUCAGCGCACGCUGCGCCGACGUACAAACAGAUGAUUGAUACUGCUAUCAACCGCUUCCUGCUCACCAAAACUGGACAAGCGAAUCCAAACGUGACAGUUCGCGUAUCUUCGCACCCACUGCCGCUUUCCUUCAAGACACGGUCGAUCUUCAGCUCGUAUCUGAGCUUUCCAGCUGUGGUGUUCAUUGUGAUUGCCUUCACCUUCAUCCCAGCCUCGAUGAUGCCCUACAUCGUCAAAGAGAAGCACCUGGAGCAGAACGCCAAAUACCAACAACUUCUGUCCGGAAUGUCGUUCUUCGCGUACUGGUUGGCAAACUUUGUUUUCGAUGUGGCCGUGUAUCUCGUGCCCAUGACAGCAGCCAUUCUGCUUCUAGGAUCCUACGGUGUUACUGCGUCUUUGGGGGGCGCCGAGUCUUGCGAUUCAUGCACACAAGACGUUCCAGCUGCCACGGUCAUGCUUUUUGUAUUAUUUGGCGCUGCUAUCGCUCCAGCGACAUACCUGCUAUCUCAUGUGAUGGAGAAGCCCACCGAGUGUCUGCUCUACACGGUCAUGAUCAACUUCUUCUUGGGUCUUCUCUUGUUGCUGUUGAGUUUCACCAUGAAUUCUUUAGAGUCAACACGAGCAGCCAAUGCAGUGCUCGUCUACAUCUGGCGCUGCUCACCGUUAUUCGCGUUUGGAAAUGGCCUGCUCAACAUUUUGCUGGCUGAUCUACUAGCGACUUAUGGGCUCACGAGUCAGACACGAAGUGCGUUUGACGCAGACAUCGCUGGCACGGAUAUUUGGUACCUGCUCGUCGAGUGUCCAGUGUUUAUACUUCUAACGAUUGGGAUCGACGUAGUCCAAGCUGGAACACCAUUGGGCGGUAAAGUUGUCGAUGCUGACCAAGCAGACGAAGAUGUAGUCUCUGAAGCUCAGCGGGUUCAUGAAAGCUAUCACUCGUUGAAUGCCAGCUCGGAAGUGGUGCAAGUCUUCGAGCUUGAAAAAGUCUAUCCGAACGGCAAACGUGCUGUGAAAAUGCUCUCGUUCGGGCUUCAGCAAGGCGAGUGCUUUGGAUUUCUGGGUGUGAAUGGAGCCGGGAAGACGACAACGAUGAAGGUCCUCACGGGCGACUUACUGCCAACGUCCGGUACUGCCACGCUGAACGGCUUUGAUAUCCGCAAGGAGCGAAGACAAGCGCGCGAGUCGAUCGGCUAUUGUCCGCAGUUUGACGCAUUAAUCGACUUGCUAACUGUUCGCGAGCAUUUGGAGCUCUUCGGCCGGUUUAAAGGCUACCAUCGUGAAAGACUCGAGAAGGAGGUGGAUCGCUUGAUGAACAAACUCAAGAUCCAAGCAUUCGCCAACAAACUAGCAGGGAGCUUGAGCGGCGGGAACAAACGCAAGCUAUCCCUUGCCAUUGCAAUGAUAGGCGAGCCGAGUGUGCUGGUACUGGACGAACCGUCCACUGGCGUUGAUCCGUUCUCGCGGCGUCUGUUGUGGGACGUGAUCUUGGAGGCGUCCGUGCAAUCGCGACGGUCGACGGUCAUGCUAACAACCCAUUCAAUGGAGGAGUGCGAGGCUCUAUGCAGCAAGGCCGGUAUCAUGGUGGACGGCCGUCUGCGCUGCUUUGGCAGCAUCCCGCACUUGAAGACGCGCUUCGGCGACGGGUUCAUGCUCGAAUGCAAACUGGAGGGGCCCCCUUCGUACGCGAUCUCAGAUUUAACGCACCUUGUGUGUGACCAUCUUCAAAAUGCUGGUGCGGAGGAAACUGGAGCUCAGAUCACUGCUGCUCAACUUGCAGGGGCCUGCGCGGUUCUCGGCAAUGCAAAGCGUGCUGACGUUGCUGCUCCAGCGUUGUUCACCCAGCUUGGUCAAGGCAACGCCUCCAUUGAUGUAGCUUCAUUUGCUAGUUGGUGGUUGCUGGAGGACUGCGUGCAGCACCUUGAUGAGUUUCUUCGAGCACGAUUCAGUGGUGUCACGCUGCUGGAGCGACAAGCCGACUUCUGCCGCUACAAGGUCUCCGGCAUGAAAGCGGAGGAGGAGGAGGACGAUGCAGCGCCACAAGUAGCCACUGCAUUGUCACGCAUGUUUGAGCUGGUGGAAGACGCCAAGAACAGGCUGGGCAUCAAGGAGUACAGCCUGUCCCAGACAAGUCUGGAGCAGAUCUUCAACUCGUUCGCUAGGCGGCGCGGUGCAGACUCGCGAAACUCCGGCAACGACGGCGCCGACUCGACGCAGGUCUCCGAGUAA